AGUGUUGAUUUUACAAUUUUUUUGGAUUUAAGUACACUAUUUUAAGAUGCAAGGUAUUGGUAUUAAAACACAAGACAAUGGAAUUUUACCGGCAAGCAAAGACAUUGGAAAAAAUCGCAGAAAAUCUCGAUGGAAGCUUAAAUUUCAUCAUCAAGCAUUACCUCCAGAGUACUUGAACCAUUAUGAAGCAUCCAUAAUGUCUCCUCAACCAUCUCCAGGAAUUUCAUCGUCUCCUACACCUGUCCUUUUUACAGGAAAUCUCAAAUCAAAGCUACCACCAGAAGCUCAAACUAGUGUCCGUUUUGAUGAUCUACCAUACAUGGGAGAGAUGAUAUUAGAUAAUGCAAAACCACGAAGGGGACGCAAACCAAAAAAGGCUGAUAUAUGUCACUUAAUAUAUAAAAACUAUGGUACAACCGUUGUAGAAGAACCUUUGAACCUUUGCGUCAGGGACCAGAUAUCAUCAAUAAAUGAUUUUCAACUACCUGGUACCGCGAGUCUUCAGGAAACACUGAAUCUUCAAUCAAAAGAAUCUAAACGAAAGAGUAAAAAGUCGCUGGCUCGAGAGCGUCUGGAAAAAACGUUCAAAGAAAAAGGUUUCUUAAUACAGACGCAACAACUGGAAUCCGCCCAAGGAGCCACGUACUGUAAAUUUAGACAAUUAAGGAAAUUUACGCGAUAUCUGUUUAGAAGUUGGAAGCAUCAUUUACCUGGUGAUGUCGUAGACAACGGUGUUAAUAGUCAAAUUACUUAAAUUGUCUACUAAUUAAAUAAUAUGAUUUAUAAGUGUUCUUUCUAUGAGUGAAUUAUGUCUAUAAUAAUUCUUAGAACUCAAUACACGGACGAGUGUAAAUUACGAAUAUCUAAAUGUUUAGAAUCGAAAUUAAAAUAAAUGUGUUAAGAACACAAUUUAAUAAUUUAUUGGAGACAAAGAAGUGUUGGUGAGUGUUAUCAUACAAUUUUGAAAAAGAAAAACGUAUUUGCCAAAGGAAAACAUCGAACUUAAAUGUCUAAAUGACAAUAAAAUAUAAACAGUACCUAUAUGAGCAUAAUGCAAAAUGAACUUUGUUAUUUGAUUUAUAAAAUCUUUCUUUGUUGUAUAAUAGACAGUACAUCAAAUACUAAUUAAGAAUCACCAAGUUCGUGUACUUAAAUUUACAUCAAUUAAUACCAUCAUAAUUCAAAAAUAUUAAUUAUUUAAUUAUUUGGUGACAAUAAAAUAAUUGUAAUGAAAAAGGAACUAUUCGUCAUUAAAUUAUAGAUUUUACAAUUUUUUAAAUUCUUAUAUGAUUUACAAAAUAGUAAUGUGGGGUCGGUUAAAAUGAAGAUUUUCAAUAAAUUCGUUUACUUCCGUGAACACAUUGAUGUAUUGGAGAAGAUCUUGACAUAUGUUAUAGCAUUUCACAAUAUUUUAAAAACUAUUUUGUUUAAAUGUAAACCUAAUAAUAUUUUGUGAGGAAUGACGAAAUAAGAAUAAGGGUACUGCAAAAAAAAAAAUAACUCUAAAAAUUUAAUCCCUGAAAAAAAAAAUCCGAAAAAAUAAUCACGGAAAAAGUAACUCCUUAUGAGAUUUUGCAAAACUAAAAAAAAAAGUGAACAAGCGGGGACAAUGAUUUAUAUUUAAUUAUUAUAAUAGUGUACACUUCUAUCAUAUUAUAUUGAGUCAAAAUUGACUAAAGUUAUUAAGUGUUGAGUUUGUAUGUUAUUGCAUAUAGUAAAAUUGUGUCAUGAAACAAUCAAUUUUGCCAUUUAGUUGUAGGAAAACCACCCCUUGAUUUGGUUAUUAAUUAUCAAAAUAAAAAAUAAAUUGUUGGCAGACCAUGACCAACUUGCUCUGCAAAAUAUAGGAGAGUUCAAAACAAAAUGUUCUAAAUAGAAAACAGUUAAAAAAAGAUAAAAAAUCUUAUGUAAAUGGUUCAGAU